GUCUCCUCUCUGUAUUAUUGCUCUGAGAGCAGCGACCAUGGGGAGUUAAUGGGACAGGCGACGGGUUCUUUUCCUUCAUAUUUAAUAUCAAAAAGAUAUCCAUAUGCUGCGUUUCGGAGCCUACAGUUCACGCCAGUAUCCCCAAUGCAGUGGAUUACGGGGACCGGGCUUCCAGAGACGGGUGAAUUGUUUGCCAGCAAAAUCAUUGCCAGAGGGGAAGAUCUGACCUCUGCCUUGUGCAACCAGAGACAUGAGUGUUGUCAGAGAAUUACAUGGGAUUGGGUACAGGGGCGGCGGUGGCGGGGUUGUGGCCUCUCUGAGCAGCCCUACCCACUUUACCGAGGAUGCCCCGCGACCCCCUGUUCCUGGUGAGGAGGGAUCUGAUGUGGACCCCCCAGUCCAGUCAGCCAACACCCGUCCAAACACCCUUUCCCAAACACUAGGCUACCCCCCGUCAUCCACAUCAUCUAAAAUGGGGGAUCCAUCGAAUUACAUACCCUCCUCAUCGUCGGCGACUCCGCGGCGCCCCGAUCUGGACUUGGGGUACGAACCCGAGGGCUCGGCUUCACCGACACCACCUUACCUGAAGUGGGCAGAGUCGCUUCACUCUCUUCUGGACGACCAGGAAGGCAUCCAGCUGUUCCGUAACUUCCUGUGCCAGGAAGGGUGUGCGGACCUGCUGGACUUCUGGUUCGCUUGCUCGGGGUUCAGGAAGACGAGCCAGGAGAGGAGGGCGAAGCUGGCCAAGGUCAUCUACAGGAAGUACAUCGUGGACGGAAGCGGGAUUGUCUCGAGGCAGAUCAAAGCACCCACUAAGAGCUUCAUCAGAGACUGUGUGGGAAAGCCGCAUCCAGACCCUGCCAUGUUUGAACAGGCCCAGACAGAGAUCCAGGCCAUGAUGGAGGAGAACACCUACCCUUUGUUUCUGAAGUCGGAUCUGUACCUGGAGUACACACGGACAGGAGGGGAGAGCCCCAAGCCAAACCCCAGUGAUCAGAGCCCUUCAUCGGGUCCAGCCAAGCCCGUGCCUGGGUACCUACCUACACUGGCUGAGGAUGAGGAGUGGAGGUGUGGAGGAGGCGGGAAGGAGGAAGAGGACGAGAAAGACGAGGAGGAGUGUGGAGACACACCAGCUGAUAGGCUGACUCACAGCCUGCUGAUGCAGACAGCCCCGCAGAGAUCCUCGACUAACAGGAGGAGGCCGGACAGCAGAGAGUACAGAACAUGGCGUGAACCGGUGAACCCGUACUACGCCAACAUGGGUUAUGCUCGUGCUCCAGCGACCAGUGCCAAUGACAGUGAGCAGCAGAGCAUGUCGAGUGAUGCAGACACACUGUCACUGACCGACAGCAGUGUAGAUGGUAUUCCUCCAUACAGAUAUCGGAAGCAGCAUCGUAAGGAGAUGCAUGAAAGUGCCAAAGCUAAUGGACGUGUGCCCCUACCUCAUAUACCUCGCACGUACCGCAUGCCAAAGGACAUCCACGUAAAGCCUGAGAGGUUUGCAGCAGAGCUCAUCAGCAAGCUGGAGACGGUUCUCAGAGAGAGGGAGGCUCAGGAAAGACUUGAAGAGAGGCUGAAGAGAGUACGACUGGAAGAAGAGGGUGAUGAUGCUGACAUCUCCGUGACGACCUCCAUUUCUUCUCACAGCAUACCACUCCCCCUCCCCUCAUCGUUCCCCCCUCUAUAUGGCGCCCGCUACUCAGAGACCACUGCUAACACUGCGACUGUCGCCACAUACGGCGGCCUGGUUGCCAUGGAGGACUCCCACGACGACGAUCCGGAGUCCAUCCUGGACGAGCACGUGCAGCGCGUGAUGAAAACGCCAGGCUGCCAGUCACCGGGGGCAACCAACAGCACCUUAGGAGGAGGGGGUCGACAUUCUCCUCCCAAAUCGUCACGUUCGCCCGACGGGGGGACCGGACCUCCUCACUUUCCCCCGCACCGAGGAGGGGGUCACACUCUGCCUCUACCCGGGGGCAAAGGUAUGCAUCACCACAAGCCGGUGUAUCACCACAGAGGAAGAGAAGGGCAGGAGGAGGCGGGCUCUAGGUCUCAGGCUAACUUCACGUGGAACGGGGACCCAGCCAACCAGUACCCAGCGAGGAGUCGUAACUACGCUGACGGGGCCGGAGCCAGCACGCUGGAGGGCAUGGGUUACAGUAGUAAAGGCAGCACGCUAUCACGGCGAGGCUGUAAGAAGACAGCUGAGACAUCAGGUAAAAGUGAGGAGAGCGGGCGUAACAUGGAGGGCCAGGUGCCAAUGGAGGACCUGGAGAGAAACCAGAAGAUCCUUCAGUGGAUGAUGGAGGGAGACCGACAAAGGAAGAGCUCACACGGAAGCAGCACCAGCAGCUCCAGGAGAACAGGAGCCAGCAGCGAGUCGCCACGUCCAACAUCAGUGGAGCGACCCGGAGCCGUGCACCCCUGGGUCUCUGCCCAGCUGCGUAACAACCCCUCCUCUGUGUCACCCGCCCUCCCUGGUUCGACAUCCGCCCAGGUCCAGCCCUCACACCCUUUCAUCCAGGACCCAGCUAUGCCCCCCAACCCGGCUCCCAACCCGCUCACCCAGCUAGAGGAGGCUAGGAGGAGGCUGGAGGAGGAGAGGAGGAGGAACGCACUACAGCAGGCCAAGCAGAGGCAUAAGUCUGGUAAGCGCCAAUUGUGUGAGAACAUGACCGUUGCUUACUACUUCUGUGGAGAGCCGAUCCCGUACCGAACAUCUGUCAAAGGCAGGGUGGUGACUCUGGGCCAGUUCAAGGAGCUGCUUACCAAAAAGGGCCAUUACAGGUUCUACUUUAAGAAAGUGAGCGACGAGUUUGACUGCGGUGUCGUGUUCGAGGAGGUUCGUGACGACGACGCCAUCUUGCCCAUCUUCGAGGAGAAGAUCAUCGGAAAGGUGGAGAAGGUUGACUGAAAUCUUUGGGAACAGGAAGAUGACACAGAUUAUUUGAAACACAAAAGGAGAUCAGAAGAGAACUUUUGGACGGGAUGGAAAUUAAGCUGCGAGGGAAAAAAGUACGAAAGAAAGUAGUAAGAUGGAAGGAGCGAAGUGAGACAGAGGGGAGAUUGAGCUGCGUGGUAGAAGCUCAAGUAUUAAGGAUGUGGUUAUUUUUAUGGCAUAUCUGGAUAUCUGCGUCAUGCCUGGAUCAAACACAUACAGCGAAGAAGCUCAGGCCUGAUGAAGCAGAAGCAAAGGAGGAGGAACGUUAGUGUCACCUGUCUCAUCUCAGCUGUGGAUUUUUUUCGAAGGGCGCUGUUAAAAAUCUGAUGUCUGUCCAGUCUUCCUCUUCCACGGAUGGAAAAGGGUGGGGGGGGGGACUGCUGGAAGGAGAGAGGAAAAAGUAGUCUUCCACUUCUGCUCUGGAGGAGUCUGUCCUCCGCAGACCAUUACGAUGCUGCUACAUUACCACGGAAACUCUUCAAUCGGUGCUCGGGACAGUAAAGAAAAGCGGUUUUUCGUUCCAUGCCGGAGUCUCGCUGCCUUUUCGCUGUCUCUGUUCCUCAUCAGCUGGCGACACGGAAAGAGGACGGAGGCUUUCUUCUGGGGGGAGUGGAACUUAAGCCCGCUUCUCCUCUUCGUCGACGUCAUAGCCUCAAAACAAACUUUUCUCACCGUGAUUCCUAGAUGUCAUGUAGUGAUCUCUCACACCCACAUGUUCAGCCUACAGUUCUCCUCACAACUUGUUUACCAAAGCUACAUAUUUUUGAUAAGACAAGUAUCCUAGCUACUUGUUUCAUUUUAUUUGAAUUGUCUAUGUACAAGGCAGGUACUAUUACUUAUUAAUGCAGCCUAAUUUCGCUAUAUCUCAACUUUAAUGUCGUAUUAUUGUGUAUGUUUUGAAGCUAGUUCAUUAGUCAUUUCAGGGCAGCCAUGUUUUUUUUGUUUUCUCCUCUCUAUAACACAUCUCCACCUCAGUUCUGUACUGUUAACUUUGAGUGUGCCGUUUUUGUUCUCCUUCGUGAUGGAUUUGAACGAUCUGAUUUUUUUUUGUUUCCACCUUCAAAAAAAUUCUCAUGGAACAUAAAAGAGCGCGCACUUCAGACGUGCAGUCUUUGACCACAGUACCUGUUGUUUUUCAGCAGGUCACACCUCAUUUUUUUUUUCAGCUCUACUUUUGAGCCUGCGUAACUCCAAGCUCGGUCUCGGUGCCUGCCUGCCUGCCGCCUGCCUGCCUGGCCAGUGCCAUCACUAUCUCGAAAUGCUUAUUCUGAAGCGUGUUUGUGAGUGUUAAAAAGCUUCCGUCAUGUAUGCCUGAACUCAGCCAAAGAGCAUAUCAUGCGUCCCUUAAGCCUGUGUCGUGCGUGUGUCUGUGCAGUCCCAAGUCUACGAGUGUCAGAUAAAUUGUCCAUCAUGAGCUGAAGGGAAUCUAAACCUUCUAUUUGAAAUCUAAAGUUUAUAAUCGACAUCUCACUCUGAAAGUUAAGGUGAAAUUCGGGAUACAUGCUCAUUGUUUUUCUUGCUGAGUCGAUGAGAAAUUGUCCAACUAAUUUUAUGCGUUUAUUUCAAAUACAGAGCUAUAGCCUGUUGUUUCUUAGCUUAGCAUAAAACACUUGGAACAAGAGGGAAACAGCUAGCCUGGCCUUUGUACCAAUGAAUUAAACUGAAGCUGCAAAUACUUCUUAUUUAUAACGUUUGAAAAGAAUCUGGAUACAUUAAUUUAUCCAUACAAUGUUAUGUCAUCACAGUUUCCCAACCCUCAAACUGAUCCAUCAAACACUAUCUAUUAUUUUAAUCAAAUCACAAAUGUACUCAAGAUGAAACCUUGAGUUUAAUACGAUUCAGAAUGUGAAACACGGUCGUCACAGCUGCCCAAAGCACAAAAUGAAAUCUUGAACGUUGCUUCUGAAGCCCCAAACUAAAGGUGUUUAUGUCCCCUCCUGAAUGAUGGAGAGACGCAGUGAUUCCUUACAUUAAAGAAGGCAGACGAGUAAGUUACCUUGUGGGUUUUUAAAGGUGCUGGUUUGUGUUUUGUCCCCUGUCGACAGAGCCAGUCUAGUAGUUUUGUGUCUAAGCAAACUGAGCUGUCUGUAUUGUGUUUAAUGAGCUGAGAUGAUAUCAGUGUAGUUUCCAGUGAGACAGCUCUGGAGCGUAUUUUAAACGAUGUGAAACUAUGUCUUUUAACUUUCCUACAGUUUGACCCUGUGGUCGGAUCAUCCUAAAAGCACCGUGCAGACAGUGCACUGAUCACACACCAGCUGUUUAUGCUGAAUGUAGUUUGACUUUUUCAAACUUUUAACCUCAAAAAGAAACCCCCUCUCUGUGGUCACAUCAUCAUGUCUGUCCUCAGUAUUGAUCUGGAGCUGAUUGUUUUGUGUUAUCUAUGCUGGUAGUUCAUUGAAUGUGUUCAUCAAACAAAGAGAUCCUACCGAACGUCUUGCAGGAAUGUCAAACACAAGUUGUCCUGGGCUUCUGCCCCAGAUAAGGGAAACAGGAUCAUCAAAUCAUAUUUGUCCUUACUUCAACCCAUUAUGCCUUCAAUAUGAAAUUUAAAUUUAGAUAUGUAUUUGUUUAUGAAAAAAAAAUGUAAUUUUAAUAAUCACCAAGCAUGUUCUUUAAAGGAAUGUUUUCCUGACGAGUUGAAUUAUCUAUUUUGUUUUAAUGUUUAUGUGCGAACAGCUACGGCCCUCUGAUUCAUUUGAUCUGUCUGUCAGAAAGAAAGCCCAGGGACAGUUGAAUGACAACAUUUGUUAAGAGUUGUUUCUCGUGAUUAUGAUUCGAUGGACAAAACAAACAGCUGCGUCUGUUGUGUUGUCAGUUUGUGUGAAACACAGUGCCUUUAUCAUCUUAUCUUUGGAAAUAUCUUUAUUGAACCAAUCCAUGCUUUUUAAUGGAACUUUUUAUUUUCACUCAGUCCUGUUUGUUUUUUUUUUUAGCUGCAGUCAUGCUUGCUCACUUCUGUUCUGAUAGAUCCUCUGCUGUAAAUAUGUACAUUAUCAUUUCAUAUGUGUCUUCAGACCCGCACCACAUGUCCACGGUGUUUCUGUUUUUCAAAGGUAAACGCCAAGAUGUCACUGUGCUGGUUCCACUUGUACAUUUCUUUUAAAAAGGUACUUCAUAAUAAAGAUGUUGAAUAAAAAAAAUGCUCCACAUUUA